AUGGCCUUUGAGAAUUGGCAAUUGGGACUAAUUGGAUUAGUAUCUGGACUGAUUUUGGCCUUGAUUUUAUUCACAUUGUAUUUUUGCUUCAGACGACAUCAAUUGUCAAAAGCCAGAAAGGCUGCUAUGCGCGAAAUGAUCAAUAUUGACGAAAUCUUAGCUUUAGAGAGCGUACUCGGGAAAGAACCAGAUCACACGACACAAUUACCUCAAUUAUCAGAUGAGCAGCCAGUUGAUGAGGUACAAACAGCACUAUCACCUUCCCAGCAACAAAGACAAAGAAAACAACUACCUCCGCUUGAGCAAGAAGAACCAAAAAGGGAGCCUAGAAGAGAGUUUUCAUUAUCCCCCGUGCCAGAUCAUGAGAACACCAUUCAGUCAAUGACGCCGCUGUCUAAUAUAUCCCGUUCGAGCAUUCACAGUCAUCGAAUGUCUGCAACAGUGCAAGCUGGAAUUGCUCAGACGUGGAGAGGACCAACCCCACCAUGGACAAUGAAUAAGGGCUAA